AUGCUUAUCGACUCUGGGGCGGAUGCCAAUCUUGUUACCGAGGAAGCUUGGGAGGCAUUGAAGAGCCAAAGAAUAACAAUAGUAUCGUCUAAAAAAGGCAGCUCUCGGAUUCUUCGUGCUUAUGGCAGCCAGAAUGCGCUGACAAUUCGAGGAUCAUCCGUGGCAGACAUAGUUGCUGGCAGAAAUACCGUUCAAGCAGAACUCUUCGUUGUGGCGGGAGGCCAGCGAUGUCUAUUAGGCGAUGAUACCGCAAAAAGGUUGGGAGUACUCAAAGUUGGCACGAACAUCGAUAGCAUAAAGAUACAGCCUUUCACCAAAAUCAAGGGUAUCAAAGCACACAUUCGUAUCGAUCCUCAGGCUGUGCCAGUUUUUCAACCAAUGCGAAGAAUUCCGAUACCACUUGAAGAAGCCGUUGGAAGAAAACUAGAUGAGAUGUUACGACGUGAUAUAAUUGAAAUAGAAACAGGCCCUACGUCAUGGGUAUCACCAUUAGUGAUACUGGGUAAGGCUAAUGGAGAGCCCCGUUUAUGUCUCGAUUUGCGUCGAGUAAACGAGUCUGUUAUGCGUGAUCAUCACCCCAUGCCUGUCAUCGAAGAUUACUUUGCGAAACUUGGAAGAGGACGUUUGUGGAGCAAACUCGACAUCAAGGAGGCAUUCCUUCAAGUCGAACUAGAUGAGGAAUCUCGGGAUGCAACUACUUUCAUCACGGCGCGAGGACUUUACCGCUUCGAGCGUUUGCCGUUCGGUCUGGUGACGGCACCUGAGUUAUUUCAGAAGUCCAUGGACGAAAUUCUCAGCGGCUGCGAUGGAACUUAUUGGUACCUUGACGAUGCGAUCGUCGUGGGGGAAGAUUUGAAACAGCAUGAUGAACGUCUAAAUAAGGUUAUAUCCCGAUUGAAUGAUAGGAGAGUAGAGCUUAACUGGGAGAAAUGCCAACUGAGGGUAGGUGAACUCGACAUUUGGGGCAGAGAAUUUCCCAAGAUGGAAUCCCACCUUCCAGAGUGA